AUGUCUAUUAUAGCAGUUUUUUUCUUUUUAAAUGGUUGUUCUGAAUUUAUUGUAGCACAUUUAUUGAUAUCCAUUGAUAUCGCAGAAGGUAUUCCAAUUAAUCAAGAAGAGUCAAAUAGACGUAGGCCUCCAGCAGAAGUUAAGGCCAUUAAGGCCAUCGAAUGUUUUCCCAAAUUUAGAGGAUUUUUUAUGCGUCUAGAGAAAAUAAAUCAAUCAUCUUCUGCUGAACAAGCGAUAGAUCAAUCUCAUAAUAAUUUGAAUAUAAAAGAUAUAAAAGGACAUAUUUUGGAAAUCGCUUGGGGAAGACCUCGACCUGCUGGACCCAAGUCUAAAGUGCAAGCUGAAACUUUUCAAAUAUU